AUGCCGGUUGUUCCUUGUAUCUCUCAGCUCCGGCCCCCAGUGAAGAAUCUCGGUGAUGAGAACUUUAAAACAGGAGCUGUCCGGACCGGUGGUUACUUGGGGCGGACUCGCCUUCACUGUCCGUUCCGGACUGUGUCCACUGGGGACCUCCAGAAGAGGCCCUCGCUGCCGGUCCACAGUGUUUCCCGGUCUCUCCGGGCUAAUUCCAUGGACCGGUGUUUGAACAUGGCUGACAGCCUACCUUUUGAAGAUGAUGAGGCUUUAGCCGAUUCCCAGGAGCACCCUGGGCGCGUGGUGGUUGUUCACACGCGGCGAUAUUUAGUGGAGAAGGUUUGGGACUUACUCAUCGGAGUAUUUUCCUCAAUGUUCUUGUGUGGUCAGCACAACUCAGUGCCGAUGCUGUCAAAUUCCAGGAUGUUCCGAGGCUCCGUGAUCCUGAGAGUGAUCUCUACUAAGGGCAGAGCCAUACUGUGUUUUGUUCUGGGGCAGCCGAUCCUGAAUUUAUGGUCUUUUCUCACUGGCUACCUCUCCACUCAAUUUAGUGCUCUCCAAGUGAGCAGCAAAAACAAAAGAGUGAGACAAAAGAAAAAGAAAAACCCCAGUACCUUGAGAAAAAGUGGAGAAGUAUUUGCCAAGCAGGAGGAAGGCUCCCCAGUCAUAAAGAGGCCUUCUGAUCAGGAAAAGGACUCUGAUGGUGGUGCGAGUGUCCAAUCUGCAUUUAGAUGCCUGAUUGUCAAUGAUGUACUCUCUUCUUUUAUACCCAGGCCUGGUCCUUUAGGUAUGAAUUUCUGUUCCAAGAAUCCAGCAAAGAGCUGUAUUAAAGAAUCCCAGGUCGCAUUCAAGAGCUCAUACAAACGGAAUGCCAUCGCCAGCUCCUACAGUUCCACUCUAGCACAAUGGCCACCCGAGAGAGUUCCUACACGGGCUACCGGACGUGCUACCCCAGGUACUGCUUCAGGCGCUACGGCAGGAGCUGCUACACAACCUACCCGAGGUGCUGCCCCCGGUUCUGCUUCGCGUGCUGCGGCAGGUGCUACCCGAGGUGCCGCCUUAGAUGCUGCUGCAGGUGCAACCUACGGUGCUGUCUCUGGUGCUGCUUCAGGGGAUGCCCCAGAUGCUGCUGCAGGUGCUAGCCGAGGUGCUACCCAAGAUGCUGCUGCAGGUGCUACCCGAGGUGCUGUCCCUGGUGCUGUUUCAGGAACUGCUGCAGAAGCUGCAGCACAACCUACCGGAGGUGCUGCCCCAGGGGCUGCCCCAGAUGCUGAUGUACGUACUACCCGAGCUGCUUCAGGUGCUGCUGCAAACGCUGCUUCAGGGGAUGCCAUAGAUGCUGAUGCUGAUCUAGAUGCUGUCUCAGAUGCUGCACCAUGCACUCUACCGUUCCCCAGCCAAGACUCAUCCCAGUCAACGGAGGCUACAAAGAAAGGAGAUGAGAAAGGCGAUGCACCUUCAGGUAUUUCGAAAAAAAAGGAAAAGAGAGAAAAGAGAAAAAAAGAAAAGAAGGAAAGAAAGAAAGCCAAACAAGCAGCUGCGGCAGCUGCCGCAGCUGCUGCAGAAGCGACUCAAGACAAGCAAGGCAAGCAAGGCAAGCAAAGCAAUCCAAAGAAGGGCCUCUCCACAUCUGAUAUUCCAAAGCCUGCGAGGCGCAAGGUCCCUUUGUUCCCGCCUCAUAGAAGAGACAUCCCACUGGUUCUGCCCCCACCUCCAGAACUAUGUUUCCGAAUCACUGUAGAAGACUUUGACUUAGAGAAGAAAAUUGCCAUGCAGUGGAUCAACAAGGUCUUGAAGGAUGAUGGAAUCAAGGCCCGCUGUAAUUAAAUGACCCAAGGAUGACCACAUCACCGGAUACAUAAUACUGGUCUCCAAGCAACCAGUUUCUGAACUCUAUCUGUGUAGUUUAACAUCACAUUCUAUUUAGAACCAUUUUGAUACUUAAA